AUGGCAAGACAACAUGUCAAAAGGGCAUUCAUAGAUACAACUACAUCGUCGCCAAUACACACUGUUGCCUCGAAGGAUGGAGGAAUGACUGCGCUAGUGCCUGUGUUGGGUAACAAAUAA